CUCCUUUCUUUCCUCGUCUAAUCUUAGUGUUAUAUCUCUUAUUUUUGUAAUUCCCCUUAGAUCCCUAUGUUAAGAUUCAUCUAAUGCAGAAUGGGAAGCGUCUGAAGAAGAAAAAAACAACAGUGAAGAAAAAGACAUUGAAUCCCUAUUUCAAUGAGUCGUUCAGCUUCGAGAUUCCCUUUGAGCAGAUCCAGGUACACAGUCCACUAUUUUCAAAUAUGUCACUUUGUAAGCAUAAAUUUACACGGCUUUAUCAAUCUUCACACACAGCACUAUUGCCUCUUGUGUUGAUAUUGAACCAUAUCCUCAUUGUACACUCCUUGUCAAGCAUAGAAACAUAGAAACAUAGAAUGUGACGGCAGAUAAGAACCAUUCGGCCCAUUGAGCAUGCCCAUAAAAAAUACCUUUAUGGAGACGCCUUACUAGUAUUAAUUUUUAUGUAAUGUUUUUCUCCUUGCAUAACUGCUGAUUUCAAUCUAUACAAAUAUAUAAGAAUGAAAACAUUUUCUGAAUUUUAUUUUCUAUGUACACUAGGGGUGCACAACCUUUUUAAAGAGUGAAUCAGAUUACUCAAAUUCUAACUUGGAGCCACUGUCCUGUUAUGUCAGUGAGAUGGUUGUGUUUUAAAUGCUCUGUUUCUACAUACAAAUGUAACUUUUGUAUACACACACUGACAUUCCACAUACAUUAAUUCCUGAAUUCAGCCAUGCACACAAAACACAGACCAUCAUCCCAUGGGCGUCCGCAGGGGGGAAGGGGGCAAGGGAAUUUUUCAGCUUGUUCUGCUAUUUUCCGUCUGAGAUUGAAAAUACAGGGCAAUACCGGUGCGUACAGAUCAGGGAAGUGAGGCAUAUUGGGAGAUGGCCUACAGAUCAGGAAGUGAGGCAUAUUGGGGGGAUAGCCCACAGAUCAGGGAAGUGAGGCAUAUUGAGGGGGAGAUAGCCUACAGAUCAGGAAGUGAGGCAUAUUGAGGGGGGAGAUAGCCUACAGAUCAGGAAAGUGAGGCAUAUUGGGGGAUAUAGCCUACAGAUCAGGAAAAGUGAGGCAUAUUGGGGGGAUAUAGCCUACAGAUCAGGAAAAUUAGGCAUAUUGGGGGAUAUAGCCUACAGAUCAGGGAAGUGGCAUAUUGGGGGGGAGAUGGCCUACAGAUCAGGAAGUGAGGCAUAUUGGGGGGAUAGCCUACAGAUCAGGGAAGUGAGGAGCAGGAAGGUAAAGUAAGAGAAGGAGCAGAAAGGAGUAGGAACAGAAAUGAGCAGGAAGGGACAUCAAGGAGCAAAAAGGUAAAGUAGGAGAAGGAGUACAAAGGAACAGAAAUGAGCAGGAAGUGGCAGCAAGCAGCAUGAAGGGUCAGCAAGGGGCAGGAAGGUAAAGCAGCACAAAGGUAAAGUAGAAGGAGCAGAAAGGGCCAGCAAGGAGAUGGAAAGGGCAGGAAGGGACAGAAGGAUCACAAAGGUAAAGUAGGAGAAGGGACAUCAUGGAGAAGAAAGGGUCAGCAAUGAGCAGGAAGGGUCUGCAAGGAGCAGGAAUGGGCAGCAAGGAGCAGGAAGGGUCUGCAAGGAGAAGAAAGGGACAGAGGGAGCACAAAGGUAAAUGAGCAGAAAGAAUCAGAAGGAGCACAAAGGUAAAGUAGGAGAAGGAGCAGAAAAGGGUAGCAAGGAGCAGAAAGGGACAGCAAGGAGCACAAAGGUAAAGUAGGAGAAGGAGCAGAAAGGGUCUGCAAGGAGCAGAAAGGGAUCAGAAAGAGAAAGGAGCAGGAGGACCCAAAAUAAGCAGAAAGUAGCAGAAAGGUAAAGGAGCAGAAGAAGCCAAGGAGGAGAGAAGACAGUGUCAGAAGAAAAAGAAGACUGUGUCAAUUGAAAGAGAAGAAAAGGAGAUUUUAUCAGGAAGGACAAGUGAACUGAACCCUCCAAUUUAUUCUGGACACCACAUCAUAAGGCUUUGGUACCUGGGCCUGGCAGGGAAACUUUGGACCUUCUCAUCUCCCCAGGUAAAAAAAAUAUAUCAGUGUUAAUGUGUUCACUUUUAUUUAUUGAGUGUCAGGACAGAGUGCCGCUGGGUAGGGGUGUUGCUGAUUGGCUCCCUAAUUCAUAAAAUGUUAAACAUUUUUAUGAACCAGGAACUAGAGAUUGGCUUAGAGCGUCAACUGACCACUCUAGCCAAUCUGCAGCACCCAUGCCUGACGUCAAUCUGCACUUCCUGACACUCCGUUUCAGAAGCCAAAUACCACUGAGCGACCUGGAGCUGGUGGAAGCCUUUGGGGUUAAACCAUUUGUGAGCGGUUUCACCCCUUAAAGGAAAGAGCACCCAGGGGCUUCCUGGCAUCAUAGCAUUUUUAUUUAGAUGAAGUUGUUAUUGUGACCAGUAUGUUCCUUUAAUUUGCUUAAAGGAACACUAUAGUGCCAGGAAUACAAACAUGUAUUCCUGACACCAUAGUUGUGAAAUCGCUAUUCACCCUGGCUUUAUGUGAUAAUGACUAUGAUCCUUCCCUUUCAUUACACUGUCAAAAAGGGACCAAGCAUGGAUGUCAUUACAAUUAUGCACCCCCACUGGAAAAAUUCCUGCGGACGCCCAUAUGCACCAUCAUCCCAUAUGCACAGAUAUUCCACAAACAUGCACUCCUGCAUUAACUGAAUGAACACACCCUGCUUUCACAUUCAUAAAAUUGCAUUUUCAAACAAAUAUACAUUUACCUAGUUUCACAAUGUAAAAAAAGGAAGGGAUUUACUAAACAGACAACUGACAGACAGACAACUGUGCUUAAGAAAAGUCAGCUGUUUACUGAGCUCAGCAAGACUUACUGUUUAUAGAUAGAUCCCAAGAUAUCCAUAAAGCUAUGUAGUUUAGAGAAGCACUCGUAAUUCCUCUCCUUUAUUCCUAUAAAAAAAACAUGCUCAUCUCAUGUAAUGGCAAUAUUUUUACAUAGUUACAUAAACUGAAAACAAAACUUGCGUCCAUCAAGUUCAGCCUUUCUCACAUCUGAUUUUGCUGUUGAACCAAAAGAAGGCAAAACCCCCUUUUUUGAAGUGUUUUCCAAUUUUGCAUCAAAGUAGGCAAAAAAAUAUUUCUCAACCACAGGAUGACAGUCAAAACUCUCGGAUUAAGAACCUGUUAUCUCACAAAUUAAAAUGUAUAUCCCUAAAUAAUGUUUUCCAGUAUUAUUCCAGUUGCUAUUUAAACAUCUGUACAGACUCUGAUAAAACCAACACUUCGGGCAGAGAAUUCCAUAUCGUUAUUGUUCUUACUUGUCUUAGACUAAGUCUAAUUUCUUCCAAUCUAAAAGGAUGACCUUAUGUCCAAUGUACAGUCCUGUUUAUGAAUAGGUUUCCAAAAAAAUUGGUUUGUAUUGGCCCCGCAUAUAUUUGUAUAAUGUUAUUACAACCCCACAAGCCCCUCAUUAUGUACAUCAAUGUCUUACUGGCCUUAGCAACUGCUGAUUCAUGUUCCACAUUUUUUAUGUAUGGUUAUAUUUUUGUAUUUUAUUAUUUAUUUUUGAGCAAAUAAAAGGAACCCCCUAUCAUAAUAUAACUACCUGUUACAUAUAUCAGUUAGUGUCAGCGAGUAUUAGCUAGUGUCAUUCCAGAAAUAAAGGCCUCUGGGUUUUCCCAGCUAGGCCUCUGUUCUGUUGCCUAUGGAAAAUAGGCAUUCUGGCAAUAUAUUUCCCUGAUGAUUUGUGUGGACUGGCUUUACUGCUUUCAUGAGGCAGCCACACCCUGAUGCUAUCAGACAAGGAACAAGUGCCCCUCUUCCCCUUCCAUUCAUCUCCAUCUCUCAGUAGUUAUGCAAUUGUGAUUGUGCACCCCUAAAGUACACUUAUUUUCAUUUGUAAUUUAAUAGCAAAGCUUCUUUCAAGUCCACGGUAGAUUUGUUUAUUUUCUGAUGUCAUGUUUUCCAUGUGCACCUUUAUAUCCACACAGUACUCUCUAGCAUACAAAUCUAUGUGCACAACACCAUUUGUUUAGAAUGCAGACUUCUUAUAAAUCAGUAAUUGUUAACAAUCAUUGCAGUAGUCUACAGUAUGUGAGUUAGCUGAAUCUAUUACAGGAAAUUAACAUAGUGAUGAACAUACAGCAAUCUAUAAAACAUUAUGUUUUCUCCUUCAAUAGAAAGUUCAAGUUGUCAUCACUGUCUUGGAUUAUGAUAAACUGGGCAAGAAUGAGGCAAUUGGUAAAAUCUUCGUUGGAUGCAGUGCCACAGGAACCGAGCUCCGACAUUGGUCAGACAUGUUGGCAAAUCCAAGACGUCCAAUUGCACAGUGGCACCCUCUCAAACCUGAAGAAGAGGUCGAUCUCGCACUAGGCAGCAAGAAAUAAGAGGCUCUUCAUGCAUACACCCUUUCCCCUCAGUCCCCCUUUACCUUCACAUUCUGCUGUGCAGACUCAAAUCUACAAGCACUUUCAACUCACCCACACAGCUCUUGCAAUCACAAUAUAAUUAGAAGUAAAGUAGUACACCUUGAUGGCAUAUUGGCUUUUCAAAAUAUUGAUUGGUAUUUUGGGAAACCAAACUAUUGAACUAAAUUAGAGCUGUUUGAGGGAUGAGAUGUUCGAGGAAUGUAUAUUCAAGAACACUUGAAAAUGUCAAGUGUUCUAGAAUAACCUUGAUUUAUACUGUCUUCUCUGAGUGUAUUUUAGAAAAAAAAAAGGUAGAUUUUUCACAGGUCUUCCAAAGAUAACUGGCUUUACUCAAAAAUAGCAAAUAAAUAAAUAAAUAAUAACACAGCCAUUGGUUCCUAAAAGCUUUGUAUUCCUAGAGCCACAUAAACAUCUUUUCUUGGCAAGCUAGUUAGACUUUUAUAUUGGACCAUAAACAGGAUUAUUCAUUAUGUUCUGGAAGGUUCCUUUGAUUUAAUAAUUUCUUGUUGAAAUGUAUUCAGUGUUACUUUUUUAAUAUAGGGAUUCUGCCCACCCCAAAAUGAUAAAGGUCCACAACUCCCUUAAUGUUUUAAAGAAUUUCAAUGCCAGAAAAGUAUAGUGGAAGACUAACAUGAUGAUUGUAGACCAACAACAUUUUGGGAGCUGCAAUUCAAUACUACUUUAAUAUUUUCUGUCAAAUGGCCCUUGAAUGUGACUAUUCUGUAGGAUUAUUCUAUAAUUUUGGAAUGCAUAGUGUGAUUUAUUAAAAUCAGUUGGAGGAUCCCUUUUUGGAUUUUUAGUGUUUUGCAGCUUUUCACAAUCGAUUGUCUUCCAUAUUUGUCCAAAGGACAAACAUGGCAUCACAUGUAUUUUGUGAUGCAAAGCCAAGGACAGGGCAGAUAUGCUCAGUGUCAUCCAGUUCACAAUACAGAUAUUGUGGGUGGAGUUUUACUAGACAUUGAUUAGAUGAAGAGUGGGACAAAUGCUUGGCAGGGUGCUUUUCUAAAAUGUAUGUAUUUGUUGCUGCAUUGUACGCUGCAGUGAGAGAAAAUAUUUUAGAAAUAUGUGUUGACAGAUUUAGGUGCAAAACCUCUACUGGUUUGAUGCACAGGAUCAGCAAGGCCUUUUGUUUGUAGUGAUGAUAUAUGAGGGUUUUUGGAGAAUAAGCAAGCAUCCUUGGGGGAGGCUGUGAGCUUUAAUUACAGAGAGCUCUGGGAUAUGAUAUCAUAUCUACAAAGACCAGUAACUCUUGGCAAGAGGAAAUGGAAGUAAAUCAAAAGGGAAUAUAUGUGCAAUGUAUUAAAUGCUAUGGAAGUUACAGAUUAUGAUGCACUGAAACCAUGUUCUUCCAUAGUGUAGAGUGAAAGUGGUGUGUUGAAAGAAAAGUGCCAGUGUUCACAGUGGGAACAAAACAAUUUUGAUGUCAAUGACUGCAGUGGUUUUUUUUUUUUUUUUCAAUUUGUUUAUUGAAAUUGCAAUACAAAAUAAACAUUACAGUAGGACACAUAACGGCAAUUCUGUCAUGACAGCGGUGAGUGCAAAAUAUACAGAUACAUCAAUUAAGAUGGCUGCAGUGUUUUAUGUUAGGGACCUUUAAAAUAUUUCUUUAGUCUGAUAUGUCUGUUCCCAGCAGUCAGUUAAAUCUGCCUCCUGAAACUUAAAGAUACAUAUAGAAGGGAAUACAUCACCAUGUUUCUUUGUGCAUCUGUUUACAUUUAUGUUUCAAUAAUGAUUGCAGUCAUAAAAAUGAGGCUUGUUAACUAAACAGUAAAGUUGUGCUGAAAGGAAAAAAAUGAUUUGCCAAAUUUAAGGAACACUUCAAGCACUAUAAUCAAUAUAGCCUGCUUAAUGGUUAUUGUGUCAGGGGUGCCUUGGCACUCUCGCAGAGUAAGUAGUCAAACCAGUUAAGAAUGGUUUGACACCUCACCUCGGCCUCACAAGGAGCCUAGAGCAUGAAGCGCUUACCUCCAGUGAGCCUAGCUUGCUCAUUGGCUGAGCGUGUCAGCUUAGUGCUCUUAGCCAAUAGGCACAACCCUGCUUAACCCUGUGGAAGAGUGUCUGGUUCCAGAGGUGGCAAUGGCUAGUGCCUGGUGGGGUUACCACAGCAGGUAACAGGUCAGUUGUCUACUUACUUUGGGAGGACACCAAGGAACGUUCGGCAUUAUGACCACUACUAAGGGUUGUAGUGUUGCUUUAAAGCUUGAAGUGUUGCUUUAAAGCUAUGAAACCAAAGUUUGAAAAAUUCUCCACCACAGCUAUGAUGCCAGCAUAGUUAUUGUAGACUAAAUUUUUAUUUAUUUUUUUAUCAGUUCUUCACAAUAUAGUUUACUGUUGAGCAAAGUGAACAGAGCUGUAAUUAUCUGAGCAUUAGAAUGUUGUGCUAAAAUGUCCUAUGCACAAUAAGUACACCUGAGCCUAGUUCACUUUAACUCUACCUUAAAAUAAAGACACGUGGCAUUAUAGUCCAAUAAAAUACUUAAUUAUAUUAUGAAUAUAUAUUAGUCUAAGUUAUAUAAGAUAGGCCCUUUCAAACAGGGGUACCAGAAAGCAACACUCAAGUGUGUAUUUUGAUAUUUAUACAGGUGCUUUUUUGUAGGUCAGGUGUGACAGUCGAAUUACCUUUUUUCAUUUUUGAUAUGCUUAAAACAUAUGGCCUGAUGUAAAAAAAAAUAUGUCUUGGUCUGCUUAUCUAGCUGCAAAAGUGAUAGCCUAAAAUGUAAAAGCAUGUCCUUGUGUAAUGUUGCAAGAGUGAGCUAUGGAGUCUGAUGAGAGGAAAUAAGAAUUUUCCAAAGAGUUUAAUUGACACUUGCCAUUUUCAAGGACUUUUUAUUGUCAUAGGAAGCAUCAUUACUUGUUCUGCUUUCCAUAAUUCUACUGUUUGUAAGAUUAGUCUUUAUAUUCGUGGUUGAGUGGGUAGUCUGCCAUAUUUGUAAGCAUGGGAGUUCUAAGCCAAAAUAUCUGAUCCUGACUACAAAAGAUUACACAGAAUUUUAAAAUAACGGUCACCUGAAUGUUUCUAACCUCUUUAUAUAAAACAUCAUGUUGGCCAUCACAUAGUGUAACAGAAUUGCAUCGCAAGUGGUAAAUAUUCAGAUACACUGAAUAAUAAUAAUAAAAAAUAAUAAUAUAAUUAUCACAUUAUUUGACCGCAUUCCUUUUAACACUCAUUAGUUUCCAUCUUUGUCCUAGAGUAAAGUGCUAUUAUUUACAAACUUAUACUGAUGCUGUUGACCUUGGAUUGAUGAAGUGAUAAGUGGAUCCUGUGGACACUAGAAAUAUUGCAACUGCAGUACUAAUUAAUGAGUUGCUGAUUACUGAGGAUAUAAUGCCAGUAUCCAUUCAAAAAAAGUAACAUAGGCUGUGCAUAAGCAACUAAUGUUAUUUUGAAACAUUCUUCAACCCUUCAUAAAUACUUUUAUAAAUAAAUAAAAAAGCGCUGAAUGCCAUCUGUGCCCAAAUAAAAUAUAGGUAUAUAAAAAAAGAUUUAUAGUUAUUUGUUACAUGCUGGACAGGUGGAUUGAUUAUGUUAAAGGAUCACUAUAGGGUUAGGAACACAAACAUGUAUAGUGUUUAACUCACCAUAUAGGUGACUUGCCCCCAUAGCCCCCCUAUAAAAGUAUAAAACUCACCUUAUUUCCAGCGCCGCGUGGGUCUAAGGAGUGGCCACUUGGAGGUGUCCCUAGGGGCAAUGUAAACACUGAAAAGGCAGUGUUUACAUGAAAAUGCCAGAAUAACUAAAUUAAGCUGUAGUUGUUCUGGUGACUAUAGUGUCUCUUUAAAAAGUCAAUAGUGAAGUUGUAGAUGGAUAGGUAAAAGAACUGGUUAUGUUAUAUAUGUGAAAAGGAGAUAUUAAGACAUUGUUCCAGGUGGCCCCCAAGUUAUAUUUAGUGCAUAUAUUUGGCUUAGCGGAAGCAAAAAGAGGUGUCAUAGCCAAGAGUUAAUAUGCACAAACUAAAUGAAAUCACCAGAAAGCCACAGGGUGUCUGUGUGCUUACAAAUUUGUGUGUUUGUGUGUGUACCUGACAGGGAGCCGGAGGUGUGCUUGAUAAUCUGUAUAUAAUAUGCAUGAGACAUUUUGUACAUAAUAGCAUGAGGGGAGGAGUGUGUGAUUGUUUGAAUGCAGUGGUGUGAAUCUUCCUCACCUUUAAAGCUCUUCACUAACGCACCAGGUCACCUCUGGCUUUAAGUAUCCACAAAUAAUUGGUUAGAUAUACUAUGCCUAGAAAUGAUCCUCCCCUUGUCAUAGAUGCACUUGUACAUAUUUAUUGUGCAAUAUACUGCACCCAGUCCUUAAAGCCAGAGUAUUGAAGAUGUUUAGAAGUUAGGAUUGCAAGAAUAGGUUUACCUGUUGCCUCUUCCUCUGCAUAAAGGUGAUAUGAAUCUCUUCAACGGUUGUUUAACAUCUUUGCUGACAAUGAAUAUCAAAGCCUUUCAUUGUUUUCUAUGGCAGUGGAGAAAAAAAUUGGAGUAUUAUAAGUUUGAAUACAUUUAUGAGUGGAGUUUGUGUUAAAGUUUUCUUUCUAUUUUCGAAUGUUCGCAUGCUAAAGAGGAAAAUAAAGUACAUAGAUAUAAAUAUAUAUAUAUAUAUAUAUUAUAAAUAGAAAAGGGGUAAUAAAGGGAAGGGUGUAUGUUUACUUUGAUUAUUUUCCCCUUGUGUGUGUCUAGUGUCUUGUAUCCUGCUAAAUGUUUACGGAUUUUUAUCCGGGCAAUAGACUCCACCCCUCACCCUGGCAUGGGGGUGGACUUUUCCUGCGUCUUGUGGCGUCUAAACCCUUUUGCCAUGCUGAGAUAUAAAAGCCAUAAUUCCUGAGAGCUGGGAUCCGAGAGGAUACCCAGACUAAAUAUGCAUGUAAACUGUCUUUGUCUUUAUGUUUUUAGACAGUGGGUGGGGUGGAGCUUAUGGAAAGUUUCUCUUAAUGGAUCUUUGUUUCCUUUCCACCCAACUCUGUGUUCUCUGUUUAAGUUUAUUGUUGUCUUUGUUAUUUUGUAAAAUGUCUCCUUAAUAAAGAAAUCUGAUUUAAUUGUGAGUUUAUCUUGUUAUUGUUGAUUCCUUUCUAAGUAUAUUCCAUGACAUACCAGUCUGAAGGACAAUUAGUCAAGAACAUAAAGUGCCCAGAAACUGUGUGCAUGCUGUGACAAUAGUGAAUGAUCAUGUAAAAUUAG